AUGAGCAACGGCAUACCUGAUCUAGCUCCACUACUGACAGCUCUCAAAGAAGAAAUUGAAAAGGUAAACAGACAAGUGCAAGAAGUAGAUGGUGCAGCGCCUGAAGCGUUUGAAGUGAACGACGAAAUAAUUCGCCUCAACGUUGGUGGACAGCAAUUUACAGCGGAAAGAUCAACUCUGUGUCAAGUUGAAGGCUCGUUGCUCGCCUCCUGGUUUAGCGGAGGGUCGAAGGACGGUCUCAAGUACGAAGAUGGCUACGUCGUUUUUAACUUCAAUCCACAAUUUUUCGCUUAUAUCUUGGAUUAUUUGCGUGCGAAGAGAAUUGCGAGUCCAGAAAAGCCCGCACCUUUGCCGAAAGUUCCCGAGGAUGAAACGAAAAAAUUCCAUGAUCUUGUCGAGUAUCUCGGCUUAAGAGAUGAAUUCCUCCCCACUGACAUUGCGCAUGAUGAGAAAUAA